AUGCCUGCUUGGAGGCCAAGGCUAGCCUUGGCUUGCUUGGCCUUGGCCAUCCGCUGGCGCCCCGAUUUCGUCAGCUUCAAGGGUCACCGAGGACAGCGAGGCCAUGUGGCGCGUGCAGCGAAGGGGUAUGGGGUGCUUCGAAAGCUCCUGCAACUGCAAGAGGAGUUUCUCUCGUUGCCCAAAACCAAGGAGUUUGUGCUGGAUCGUGACUGGCCUUCUGAACGGCUUUUGGCCGUGGAGAGCUUUCUGAAAAAGCACCAGGAACAUCCGCAGGCGGCCCUCUUGGACGUGCGCUCGCCCAAAGAGUUCGCUCAAGGCCAUGUGCCUGGCGCACAAAGCUUGCCCCUGCAGCUUGGCUGA